UAAGACCAUAGGUGUGUUGAGUGCGAGAACCCCGCGCGCCGGACGAGAGCCGGUAGCAGAGCAGGAGAGGGGCCUUCCGUAGGUCCGUGGAUCGGGUGCCUUACCAAGAGCAGCCGCCGAAGAAGCGUCGGCCCCCUUCUGCGUGACAUAUUUAGCGGAGCUCUCUCCUUCCCCGAUACCAAGGGAAUAAAAGAGCCGGCGCGGCCGAUUGUUGCAUCAGUUUUGGUCGAAAUUUCCGCAGAUAAUGAACCGAAUCGCCGGUGUCUUGUGUUUGCUGGCGGUCGGCGCCAUGGCGCUGCCUGCCCAGGAGCAGUCUGACUGGCUCGGCUGCGGCAAGCAGGGCCUCAGCAUGUGCCUGCAGAUGAGGGCCCUCAAGUUCGUCGACGGCCUCAACCACCAGGGCGACGUUGAAAUCACCGAGGGUGUUUCUCUGGUCAGCCAGGGCGCCAAGAGCGGACGUGCUCUGAACGCCGCCGAACUCGAAGCUUCUCUGCCCGCCGAUGCCGAAGAGCGUGAGAACCAAGUGCAGCAGUUGCUGGUCGAGCGCGUUGCCCGUUUCUUCUCGACCCACACCCUGCAGGUCAAGCUGCCCCAGGAGUCCAUCAAUGACAUGAAGCGCUCCCUCGAAGAAGGCCGCAAGAAGAAGAAGAAGUUCCUUCUUCCCCUGCUCCUCGCCAUCAAGCUCAAGGCCAUCGCCCUUGUGCCCAUCAUCAUCGGUGCCCUCUUCAUUCUGGCCUUCAAGGCUCUGGUCGUCGGCAAGAUCGCCCUCGUCCUCUCCGCCCUGAUCGGUCUGCAGAAGCUCCUCGGCGGCCACAAGACCGUUGAGGUCGUGUCUCACGGCUACGACACCGAGCACCACUACGGCCGCUCCGCCGACGAUUUGGCCUACAGCGCCCACGCCACCCAGUAAACGACAGACGUCAUUUUCUCUCUUUACUGCAGACUCUUGACUCUCUCUCUAAUUAUUCCGACUUCCUCCUGUGAAAUGACGGACUGACGCCGCCAUUGACUGACUGCACCAUUUCUAUGCUCUUUCAAUUUUCACCCCCUUACUGACUUUACUACAAACACCUCAGGACUGCGAAAUAAUCAAAAACGUUUGCUCAAUAUAUUUCCCUCUUGCCCUUGACUCUCUUCACUCCACCUGUUUCCGUGCUUCUAUGACUUGGACUGCGUGCUAUUUAUUGCUAAUUUAUUGAAAAGAAAAAAUUAUUUAAAUAAAUACACCGGCGGCCGCUCUUCUGCUCAAAUUGCAGUGGUCGAGUGGUCAAAUCAUUCUCCGUAAUUUCUACUGUGCCUCUAUUGUUCAAACUUUUAUGUUGUAAUAAAGUGUACAAAAAGCCGCAAA